CAGUAACAAGAUGAGCAAAGCCACAGGACCCACACCACCCCAAUACACUUAUGUACCACCACCAUCAGCUCCACCAUCCUAUCAAGAGGCUGUGGGUGGUGUUAAACCGGUGGGCCCUUUCACACCCGUUGUUCCUCCCGUGGCCACAGCAACAAAUGCCACCAUUGUAACGACAGUUGUACCCAUUGGACGUACAGCUACACAUAUGAUCUGUCCCUCAUGCCAUGCUGAAAUUGAGACAACAACACGUACUGAACCAGGAAUGAUUGCAUAUUUAUCAGGUUUUGUAAUUGCAUUAUUGGGAUGCUGGCUGGGUUGCUGUUUAAUUCCUUGUUGCAUUGAUGACUGUAUGGAUGUUCAUCACACAUGCCCCAAUUGCAAAGCCUAUUUGGGUCGUUAUCGACGAUAAACUACACGGAAUGGCCAUCGAAAAUGCACAAAAGCAUGGAAACACA